GAACAGCCACGCCUCCUUGGAGCGCUCGCCGUACGCGUGCGCAAUGGGCCGCAGAGCCGCCAUGCCGGAACCGCGCGGUUCCUCGCCCCUGCGGGUGAACGCCGCGUUCGCCGCGCGGUACAGUCGCUACCGGGAACGCGAGGAGCUGCAGCGGCUGAAAGAUCGCUACCGAGACCGAGGCAGCGGCGACGACUCCAGCUCCGAGUCUGACUCCAGCGACGAGCGCGUGGAAUUUGACCCCCACCAGGAGCGUGACUUUUACAGGACUCUCUCCUUGUUAAAGAAGAAGGAUCCCCGCAUUUAUCAGAAAGAUGCCACCUUCUACCAGAGAACAGCAACAUCCUCGGAGAGUGAGGGGGAGCUGGCAGCUGAGAAGCAAAAGAAGGCACGGCCCAUGUACCUGAAGGACUAUGAGAGGAAGGUUAUCUUGGAGAAAGAAGGCAAAUAUGUCGACGAGGAGAAUUCAGACGGGGAGACCUCCAAUCAGAGACUCCAGCAGGUCUCGUCGAAAAGUUACGUGGAAGAACAGCAACAGCUCAAGGAAAGCUUCCGGGCAUUUGUGGAAGACAGUGAAGGUGAGGACAGCGCGGGGGAAGGUGGCUCUGGGUUGCUGCAGAAACGCGCUAAAACCAAGGAGGAGAAGGCCCAGGAGGAUGCCGACUAUGUCGAAUGGCUAAAGGGGCAGAAGGAGAUGCAGAAUGUCGAGACCCUGAGAGAGCUGACUCAUCUGAGGGAAUAUUGGAACAACCCAGAGCUGGAUGAAGGGGAGCAGUUCCUGCGGGAUUAUAUCCUCAACAAACGCUAUGAGGAGGAGGAAGAGGAGGAGGAGGAGGAGGAGGAGGAGGAAGGGGUUGCAGGCCUCCCGGUCCAGGUGGCUGUGGAUGACUCCUCAGAUGAGGGGGAGCUGUUUCUGAAGAAACAGGAGGACUUUGAGCACAAGUACAACUUCCGCUUCGAGGAGCCAGACUCGGCUUUGGUCAAAACCUACCCUCGGAGCAUCAUGUCCUCUGUGCGUCGCAAGGAUGAACGCAGGAAGGAGAGGAGGGAGGAGACUCGGGAGCGAAAGAGGAGGGAGAAGGCAAAAAAGCAGGAGGAACUUAAGCAGCUGAAGAACCUGAAGAGGAAGGAGAUUCUGGCCAAACUGGAGAAGCUGCGGCAGGUCACAGGCAACAAGACUCUGGGCUUUGAGGAGCGAGACCUCGAGGACGAUUUCGACCCCACCCGGCACGACCAGCUCAUGCAGAAAUGCUUCGGGGACGAGUACUAUGGCACCAUGGAGGAGGAGAAGCCGCAGUUUGAGGAAGAGGAAGGGCUUGAAGACGACUGGAACUGGGACACGUGGGCUGGGCUGCAGCAGGGUGGAGAUUGGAGCCAGCAGGAGCUGCACUGCGAGGACCCAGACUUUAAUAUGGAUGCUGACUACGACCCUAGGCAGCCACGGAAGAAGCAGCGUGAGCCCCCGUCAGCCGGUAAGAAGAAGCGCAAGUCACCCUUCGCUGCGGCCGUGGGGCAGGAGAAGCCCGUGUUCAACCCCGGGGACAAGACAUUCGAGGAGUACCUGGAUGAGUAUUACCGGCUGGACUACGAGGACAUCAUCGACGACCUGCCCUGCCGCUUCAAGUACCGCGCUGUGGUGCCCUGCGACUUUGGGCUCAGCACCGAGGAGAUUCUCGCUGCUGAUGACAAAGAGCUGAACCGAUGGUGCUCCCUGAAGAAGACCUGCAUGUACAGGUCGGAGCAGGAGGAGCUUCAGGACAAGAGAGCAUACAGCCGGAAGGCCCAGAACUCAUGGAAAAAGAGGCAGAUCUUUAAGUCUCUCUGCCCAGAGGAGACAGACACACCCACGGAAGCCACAGGGAAACCACAGAGAGACAAAGCUGGCCCACAGGGGCAGCUGCUGGCACCCGAUGCGGCCUGUGGGAAGCAGCCCCAGCCUGAGAGCCCCCCAGCACAGGAAGAGGCAGCCCCUGUGUCAUCCACUGAGAAGCCACCAGUCCCCCAGAGGCGGAAGAGGGGCAAGAAGGCUCGCCUCCUGGGCCCCACAGUGACGCUUGGUGGGCAUGAGUUCAGCCGUCAGAGACUGCAGGCCUUUGGCUUCAAUCCAAAACGGCUGUACUUCCGCCUGCUGGGCCAGCAACGGAGGAAGCAGCAGGGGCUCAAGAGUGGCCCCUGAGCUUGAUGGAGCAGGCAGGGGCCCUCAGGUUCCUAACCUCCAAUCAAGCCCCUGAGUACAUCCCCCUCUAUUCAACUGUAUAGACCUGCAAUGUCUACCUACGGGCAAGGGAGAAUUCUCGUCUUCCAGAUGUGGAAGCUAAGGCCCACUUAACAAGUUCCCCAGGCCACUUGUAAAUCUCACCUUGAGAUAUACCCUGGGCCCAUCUCUCAAAUGCUGUGUCCAGCCAUAGCCAAGGUCAAGUCAAAUGGCUUUAUUAGCCCCCAGCAGCUUCAGUACCCCCAUCAGCCCUUGGCAGGACUGGGGCUUUGAGACCAGUGACGGCACUGGUGGUCCAGUGCAAACUACAGUACUUGAGUCAGGCCCUGAGUGGUUGCCCAGGAGCCCACCCUCCCUCCCUGCCCUGUGAGAAGGGCCCAGCUGAUAGGAGGCGGGCCUGUGGGCUCUGUCCUGGCUGAAUGGACCCAGCCUAGAGGUUUUCUGGGCUGGGUUCAGCUGCUCUUAUCAAAAGGGUGAGAAGGGGAAAGUCCCAUCAUCAGAGUUCAAGCUCCCACACCCAGCGUGACAUAAAAAAAUAAAUAGUGUCUGUCCCA